AUGAUUUGUGAAUUUAUUAAUAACAUUAUCGCCACAGAAACUUUCUGCAUCUACACCUUCCAUAUUCUAACAUUCUUCGAAAUUCCAAUCAACACCUUCGUCGCCUACUGUAUCAUCUUUAAAACUCCAAAACAUAUGCUCUCGGUUCGGCCGAGCAUGCUGAUUUUGCAUGUGACGAGCACAAUUCUCGAUUUAUAUCUGAGCCUUUUAACCUGCCCAUUUUUGCUGCUUCCCUAUCCAGCCGGAUAUCCGAUGGGAUUGCUGAGAUUUUUGAAUGUUCCCGUAUCGAUUCAGGUGUAUUUGGCGAUUAGUUUCAUCGGAGGUUUGUUUUUUUUUUGGAAGUUUUGUGGAAAUUUCUGAAAAUUUUCCAGUUGUCUCAACUUCUCAAGUAAUUUUAUUCGAAAAUCGCUACAAUACACUACGAUCUACUAAUACCGUGGAUUCACUUAACCGAAAGAUCCGACGAUACUCGAUCGCCGGACUUCAAUACAUUUGGGGCUUCACUUUUAUCAUCCCCGCCUUUUUCAAUAUUCCCGAUAAGAAUCAAGCCGUUCAUGCGAUGCUCGAGGAGUUUCCCGAUUUUCCCGGUGCUCACCAUUUAUUCGAAAACCCAUAUUUUUUCUGUCUAACCCUGCAUCCAGCCAUCGCUAUUCUAGCCGUUAUCGUAACACUCUUCAUAGUUGUCCCCCAAUUAUUAUUCUAUCUCACCGCAUCUUUCCGAUAUCUGAUCGAAACUAAAAAUGCAGGAUCGCGAAGAACAUAUGAACUUCGAAUGCGAUUCAUGUUGGCACUGUGUUUGCAAGUUUGCAUUCCAAUGAUUUUCCUAGCCGGUCCAGCUUGUUUUGUUGUCUUCUCACUUCUUACAAGAUAUUAUAAUCAAGGAUUCUCGAAUUUAUCGAUGAUACUUUUCGCAACACACGGUGGGAUUUCUUCAAUUGUCACUCUAAUUGUUCACAAACCGUAUCGCGAUUUUACAAUUCAAACUAUUUUCCAAUUCAAGUUUUGUCCAAUUGUUCGAGAAAGAUUAAAGCAACACCCUCGUAUGAUACGGCCAUUGCGAAAUGCUUUCAAACACGAAAAUACACAAAAUUAA